GAAACCCAGGGGUAUAUAUUAUCUGAUUACAUGGAGUAUAUGAUGUGGCGGUAAUAAGACUGCAACCCCGCCCUUCAAUUUGUAUUCAUUCCAGGGGAUAAUUGCUUCGUUUAUUGUCUUUCAUAUCUACAGAUAACUGCAAACAUUCAUCCAGACUCCCAAGCCAUUCAUCAUGACUCAAAACGGGACCUCUCAGGUCGAGGGCAUUAUCCUCGAGUUACUCGAACUCAUUCAAAAGCUAUCAGCUUUCUCCUCCUUUACUCCAUCUCCUGAAUUGGACGAUGUUCUGGGUCAGAUCUCCCAUAUUUGUCACCAGUCCAAUGUAUCCGUUAGUCAAGAGGACGAGAUUCUGAACGACCCUCGUAUCACUGAAUCCAUCCACACGCUGCGGACACUAUGGGGUCAAGCUGCGGGAGCUCUAGAGGACAGUUGGGCUGAGAAGAUUCUUGCAUCCAAAGACUCGGACGAUGCCAAAUCCCUCCUCGCCAAAUAUCCUCGCAUCCAGAACUACAAAACAACUAUUCCUAUCGAACUGGGGGUCAUCAGUAUUGUCCUUCAGCGAUUUCCCUCGAAGGUGGCCAUGCUUGGGAGCGGUCCACUGCCCCUAACUUCCCUCAGUAUCAAAGACUACGCCAUCGAGAAGAACUAUCCACUGGAUAUUCUCAACGUGGAUAUUGUCCCUGAACGGAUUGCAGCGUCUACGCAGAUCUUCAAGUUACUAGGUCCCCAAUACGACACCAUCUCACAUCACGUCUCUGAUGCUUCGGGCUCCUCUCUCCCAGACUUGACCGACUCUGAUGUCGUAUACCUGGCGUCCUUGAUUGGAGUGACCAACGAGGAGAAAGUGGAUGUCUUGGCGAACGUAGCCAGGCGCAUGAGCAAGGACUCGGUGAUUGUGAUUCGCAGUAGCAGUGGCUUAAGUCGAUUGCUGUGGCCGAACCUUGAAGUGAAGGAUUUCGCGCGUAUUAGCGACUUGGUGGAGCCUUCCCUGGCUGCCCAGCCAUUGAGUGGCCCUACAAAACAUUCCGUUGUUGUUCUGCGAGUGGUUGGGUGAACAUGGAUGUGUGGCAUUCAAUGACAGAAUUGAAAGCGUCGUAAGAUCACGCCAUUAUUGGCGGAGAUGCUGCCACUAGAGCGAAAUAGAUUUGUAUACCAAAUUGAACCCAAUUUAUCAAUCGGCGAUGUUACAUGCUUAGCGUCAAGGGUCUAC